GCUGCCUGCGCGGCGGUCGGAACUUCGGAGGGCCGAGGUGGCCGCUGCGCUGUUGGAGAGCGUCUAGCGGCCGCCGCAACCGGUUGCUUCGGGCCAGCGUGGUGGAGUGCGCCGGGCCUCCCCGGAGCCGCGCGCGAGCGGGUAGUGGGCUCGCCUGGCACCCGCCGGCCGACCCCGGCCGGACCGGCUCGCUCGGGGCCCCGACUUGCGCUCGGGAGGGCCGCGACCGUUUCGAUUUCUGUUCAAGUCUCGCUUUAAACCGUGAAGACGAGACGGUGGAGAGGCGAGCAGAGAGUCCUGUGAAGCAAGGCCUGCUCUGGUGGGGAGCAGAAACGCCUUGUGAGAACAGAAAUAAAUUCCCGCGGAAAGGAUAGCGUUUUCAUCUUCCCAAACUGAAAUUCCAAGGCCAUGGACAGUAACCCCCCCCUUUCCUUCUCCCUGCCAGCCCCUGGCAGACAGCAUUGUACUUCCUGUGUUACGACUGACAACUCUGGCUGCCUCAGGGUCGUGGAGUCCUGUGUAUCUGGGUUCUGGUGUACUAAUGGUGUUGUGAUUAUAUAGGAGAAUGCCCUUUCUACUGGGGGACAGCAGCUGAAGAGUUUAGAGUUUUCAGAGGAAGUUCGCUGUGGAUUAAUUGUGUGGGUAUUGCAGUCUGCAGAAACAAACAACGAGCUGGGCUGAGUUCUGUACUGAACAGACAACAGGCUGCCAGGCAACCCGCUGAGCUCCAGAAGAGCAGCACUUUCAUUUGGACCUUUGGAUGCCCACUGAGCUGAUGCUUGAGACCUACGAGUAAUCUUCAGAUCAGAGCGGAACCAUAAGGCCUUUCCUUUGCGUGGGGAGGAGACUGCCCAUGUUCUGUGGAAAUGAACGGGGAGCAGCAGCUGGAUGCAGAUGCUGGAUCUGGUGUGGAAGAAGUGGAAUUAAGCUGGGAAGAUUAUCUAGAAGAGACCGGGUCCACUGCAGUUCCCUAUGGAUCCUUUAAACAUGUGGACACACGUUUGCAAAAUGGAUUUGCUCCUGGGAUGAAACUAGAGGUGGCUGUGAAGACAGACCCUGAAACCUACUGGGUUGCCACCAUCAUCACCACCUGUGAGCAGCUGCUGCUUCUCCGCUAUGAUGGCUACGGGGAGGACCGGAGGGCCGACUUCUGGUGUGACAUCAGAAAGGCCGACCUCUACCCCCUUGGGUGGUGUGAGCAGAAUAAGAAGACCCUUGAAGCCCCAGAAGGCAUCAGAGAUAAAGUGUCUGAUUGGGAUGAGUUUCUGCGGCAGACCCUGAUGGGAGCGUGUAGCCCUCCUGUUCCACUUCUCGAAGGCCUCCGCAACGGGAGGAAUCCUUUAGAUCUCAUUGCUCCAGGCUCCAGGCUAGAAUGUCAAGCUUUCCGGGACUCAUUAAGCACUUGGAUUGUUACUGUAGUAGAAAACAUUGGGGGAAGGCUGAAGCUGCGUUAUGAAGGACUUGAAAGUUCUGACAAUUUUGAGCAUUGGUUGUAUUACUUGGACCCGUUUCUUCAUCACGUUGGUUGGGCUGCUCAACAGGGAUAUGAGCUUCAGCCCCCAUCAGCCGUCCGGCAUCUGAAGAAUGAAGCUGAGUGGCAGGAGAUCUUGGCCAAAGUGAAAGAGGAGGAGGAGGAGCCAUUACCAUCAUACUUAUUUAAGGACAAACAAGUUAUUAGCACUCAUUCAUUCUCUGUAAAUAUGAAGUUGGAAGCUGUGGACCCCUGGUCUCCUUUUGAGAUCUCUCCUGCUACAGUUGUUAAGGUUUUUGAUGAGAAGUACUUCCUGGUGGAAAUGGAUGAUUUGCGACCAGAGAAUCAUGCCCGGCGAUCUUUUGUGUGUCAUGCUGACAGUUCUGGUAUUUUCCCCGUGCAGUGGAGUCUGAAGAAUGGUUUACACAUCAGCCCCCCUCCUGGCUACCCAGGCCAGGACUUUGAUUGGGCUGACUACCUCAAACAGUGUGGUGCUGAAGCUGCUCCCCAGAGGUGCUUUCCUCCGUCCAUUUCUGAGCAUGAAUUUAAGGAGAAUAUGAAGCUUGAGGCAGUGAACCCUCUUCUCCCCGAAGAAGUGUGCGUUGCCACCAUUACUGCGGUGAGAGGCUCCUACCUGUGGCUCCAGCUGGAGGGUUCUAAGAAGCCCGUACCGGAAUGUAUUGUGAAUGUGGAAUCCAUGGAUAUAUUUCCUUUGGGCUGGUGUGAAACCAAUGGCCAUCCCCUCAGCGCCCCUCGCCGAGCACGAGUACACAAACAGAGGAAAAUUGCAGUGGUUCAACCAGAAAAACAACCCAGAAUACCGUCCUCCAGGACUGUCCACGAGGGUCUGAAGAAUCAGGAGCUGAACUCCACAGACUCAGUUAUGAUUAAUGGAAAAUACUGCUGUCCAAAGAUAUAUUUCAACCACCGUUGCUUCUCAGGGCCAUAUCUUAACAAAGGAAGAAUCGCUGAGCUGCCUCAGUGUGUAGGGCCUGGGAACUGUGUUCUGGUCCUCAGAGAGGUCCUCACUUUACUUAUCAAUGCAGCCUACAAACCCAGUCGCGUCCUUCGGGAGCUGCAGCUGGACAAGGACUCCGUGUGGCAUGGAUGUGGGGAGGUCCUAAAAGCCAAAUACAAAGGAAAGAGUUACCGGGCUACUGUUGAAGUAGUGAAGACAGCAGAUCGUGUGACUGAGUUCUGCCGGCAAACCUGCAUCAAAUUGGAGUGCUGUCCGAAUCUGUUUGGCCCAAGGAUGGUUCUGGACAAGUGUUCCGAGAACUGCUCUGUGCUUACAAAGACCAAAUACACACACUAUUAUGGAAAGAAGAAAAAUAAAAGAAUCGGGAGGCCACCUGGUGGGCAUAGCAACUUAGCAUGUGCCCUGAAAAAAGCCAGUAAGCGGAGGAAGAGGCGGAAAAAUGUCUUUGUCCAUAAGAAGAAACGCUCCUCUGCAUCCGUUGAUAACACCCCGGCAGGCUCGCCCCAGGGAAGUGGGGGUGAAGAUGAGGAUGACCCAGAUGAAGGGGAUGAUGAUUCCCUGAGUGAGGGCAGUACGUCGGAGCAGCAGGACGAGCUACAAGAAGAGUCAGAAAUGUCAGAAAAAAAGUCGUGCUCUUCCUCGCCCACCCAGAGUGAGAUCUCUACAUCACUGCCUCCCGACAGACAACGGAGAAAAAGAGAGCUUCGCACUUUUUCAUUUUCUGAUGAUGAGAAUAAACCUCCUUCACCAAAGGAAAUAAGGAUUGAAGUUGCCGAGAGGCUCCAUCUGGACAGUAACCCCCUCAAGUGGAGUGUGGCGGACGUGGUCCGGUUCAUCAGAUCCACCGACUGUGCUCCGCUGGCGAGGAUAUUUCUAGACCAGGAAAUUGACGGGCAGGCCCUGUUGCUUCUUACCCUUCCCACUGUUCAAGAGUGCAUGGAUUUAAAAUUGGGCCCCGCCAUCAAACUCUGCCACCACAUAGAGAGGAUCAAGUUUGCUUUCUAUGAGCAGUUUGCCAACUGAGAAGGACAACCAAAGUGAGCUGUGUCUUCGCAGCACAAGUGCAGCAAAUCCUUCUCGCUGCUCUCCAAGCUGUGCUGAGUCAGCCCUGAGGCUCUGGGCCUUGCAGGGCUCGGCCUGCUCUCUUUGCACUUUCAGGGAAGGAGGACCCACACCGAAGAAGCAAAAACUGCCUGGAAGGGGCUCCCCAGCCAGUGGGAAUGUGGGCAUCUCUUGGUCAGCAGAUUGCAGUUUUAAAAAGAAGAAGGGUUGUGAAGAAAAGACUCGUGUCAGAAGAACGAACAUUUCCAGUGGUGUGGCCUGAAAACGAAGAAGAACCUCGGCGGCCGGAAAGCACCCUUAUGGUUGUGUUCUUUUUGUUCUGUUCCUUCCCAUUGUAGAUUGAACUCUUUCCUGGAAAGAGAGGACAUAGCUUUAAGUCAGCACUGAUUUGGGACUGUGCCUAAGGCACCUCAGUGCUUCAUUGUCAUUGUGUUUUUAAGCUUUUUUAAAUUAAAACAGUUCAUUUUGGGGAUGCUUACGUGACUCUAGGGUUUUGAAUGUACAUUCACACUUUGAUCCAUUUUAAAAUCUAUUCUUAGGAGUUCCUUUGUUUACUACCUCUGUUGAUGACUGAGCUUACAGCCAUGUAUAAGGUUUUUUGUAUGAUGCCAUUUUUAAGCUACAUCAACACUAAAACUAUGACAGAAGCUGGAGGGUGAAAAAAAAAACCAACAAACCCAAUACUGUUUGCGUUCUUAAAAAUACCAUGUGAGCACUUACAUGAGUUCCUGGCCUGAUCCGAGACCUGCACUGUCAUUGUUUCCCAUUUGGGCCCAGUGUAGUGCUCCCUGUGAGGUGGUCUCUCAAAAAUUGUGGUUAUUUCUGUUUAGUUGGUGUCUCCCCAUCAGUCUGCAGACGGACUUCAGUGGCUCUUAUUUUAUGUCUACUUUCCUCCACGGUUGUCUGUUUCAUUUUGAGAGUCCUCACUUAGGGUGCAAAUCAGUAGGUGUUUCUUGGACCCGGUGGAAAACCCAUUUCCCUUUCUUUUUCUGUGUCUCCAGGCAGAGAGUGAAGAAGCACAACAGAGAAAAUAUUUUGGGGGGCGAUGCAGAGCAUGGAGUUUCUGUAACAGUGUGUCCUCAUGUCCUCAGUGGCCACAUAAAGAUUAAGAGGUGGUUAAGGAUUCUGGAAACUUCUUUGCCUAGUCACAUUUACAUGUCCUCUUAGUGAAACCUUUAAAUUGAACGUAAUCUAAAGCCUGAGGAUUCCCACACAACAGCUCAACAACUUGGUUUUCUUUUAGGUGUUUGUUUUGGCCCAGUUCAAGCUAACAUUAAACUAUAGGCAAAUUUUCACUUAGGAUUGUACUUCGAGCUACUAUAGGACAGUAGCCAUGCUGUUCCAGCCGGGAGGAAUGAGGAAAGAUGCACAUAUAGAUUGCCUCCUUUAAAUGGUUUGCGUUGCUGAGUGUGUUGUUUGUUUGUUUGUUUUUUAAUUAUCCUAGUUACCUGCAAAUUUAUAACUUAAUCACUCAUCGUCAAGAUUUGAAAAUGUUUUUUAAAACUACAGACUUGGUGAAUUCUAAACAGCUAUACAAAUAUAAGGUAAUAUUAUUUCAAAUUUAAACUGAUUGUUGGUUUUUCGCUUUUCCUCCCCUCUCCUGUUCCCACCAGUGGACGGACCUUGGCAGACAGUCUGUAGUCUGCACACUCUCCUCCUUAGAUGACUCACAAACCACCUUAACGCAAGCCCUUCAGCCAAACCGCAUGUUAAAGCAUCAGUUCUGUGCUUAGGUUAUCACCAGAUAGACCCGGAAAGAAGCUUCUUUUAAGUAAAAGUCGAUACGUUUGAACUUAGAGACCCAGUUUUUUCAAAUGUAAGGCUAUGCCUGUGGAAGAGGAGCACAUAGAAGAUGCUUGGGAACAGUUAGUGUUAAGUACAUGGUCUUGGGGCAGAGGGUGCAUAACUUACAUAAAGUUCUGCAGAGCUCAGCAGUUAAGGCACUAGGCAAAGGGAGUUCCUUGGAGAAGAUCAGUGUUUGUUUUAUGUAGGGAAAUGAGUUUUACUUCCUGUGAGGGGGAGUUGACCAAAUGCAACAGUGAAUACGUUAAGCUGUCUCUCUUUUGCCUUCUCCAAAAUCAUAGUUAAAGGGGGUGGAGCCUGGGAAGGUGAAACUCAUGGCCCUGAGUAGUCUCUAAUCUGGAUAUACUCAGGGCUCAGCCAGCUCCUCUGUCUGUACCAUGAUUAUCCAAGCUCAGCUUUCUCCUAGAGAGAAGCCAACUCUAAGUUGGUUUUCCCUUAAUAUUUCUUGCAUUCUCAUGGUGAGAUGCAGUUUCUCAGGCAACUGCAUUAAAGAAUUACAUACCCCCCCCCAUAUUAAAUAAGGGAAGGUAAUUGGGAAUUUGGCACAGGGCAUUUUUUUUUUUUUUAAAGUACACAGUUUAGACUCCAUUUCCCUCAUAAAGCUGCUGGGACAUGGCUGGACGACGGUGACAGUCUGAUUACUCUGAUUCUGAAACAGAUUUUAAACCGGAUAAUGACUCACCAUGUUGGGGUAAAAUGCUUGUAUAUUACACAUGGGUACAUGAACUUUGUUUCUUAAAGGCUGACACCCUCUUAAAUUUAAAGAUUUAUAUUGUGAGGGGCUGCAUUUAUCUGAAUUGCAGCUGGCCCCACAGCUGCCUGAGGUCACAGAGUUUUCCAUGAUCCAUUUUUUUAUCCUGUAUUGACAAACUUGGAAACAGGUGAAUGGACUGUGUAAGCCUCUUGGACCUUGAAGUUGACCGGCCGCUAUUAGCCUUUGUGUGUGUUAGGGAAACCUUUUAUUGUACAUGAAGAUUUGCUGUAACAUUUUGACUGUAUUUUGUGGGCUUCUGGGAACUAUGCUAUUUUCCUUUGUAAACUGCCCUCAUUCUUCUCAGUUGAAGGAGAGUUAAGGUGUCUAAUGCAGGGGAUAUAUUACUGGGGCUUUACCUGUGUCUGCCUUUCUUUGGUGAUGUAAGUGGCUCCCAGCAUCUAUGUUGUGGAUAUAUGAGGUCAGGGAAAGAUACUUGGCAACUCCUGGAAGAGAUGGGCUUCUUGGUAAAUAUUUCUUGAAUUAUGAUAGAGUCAGACAUGGAAAACCAGCUCAGAGCUUGGCCUUUCUAUGCCUCUUCUCCUGGAAGUAAAGUUAUUCUCACUGCGAGAGAGAGGGCCUUGGACCAAAGUUUCCUGAGGACUUGAAUAUAUUUUACUCACUCUGUUUUAUUAAUCCUGUUACUAAUGUGGUACCUAAAUACAGAUUAAAAGCUUUAGGAGGACAUAGCUAGGGCAGGACUCAGAACCGUUCACCUCUCCCAAGCCAAAAAGUAUUUCUGGGGGACACACAGAACAUCAGGAAAUUGUUAACAGUUGUUAAGAAUUAUCUAGAUGGGAACGUUGGGAAAACUCACAGAUACUUAUAUUUACUUGGCGCCUAUCACCAAAGACUUGUAUUGAAGACCCCUUUCACUGGUUUGAUUGAUGCCCACAGAAGCUCUGAAAGAGAUGUUAGGAGCUUAGUCUCAACAGUGGAAACACGUACUAGGUUUGAAUACUGGUUCUAUAUACUAGGGAUGGGGUGUGUGUGUGUGUGUGUGGGUGUGUGUGUGUAAGUUUAAAAGAGUUCUAUGUUAUCAUUUGGCCUUAGGAAGAUGAAGGAAAAGACAUCACUAACAAGUGAAGUAUAAAUCUUGGGAACCAGGGACCCCCCUUUUUAAAAUUUGAAUGUCUUUGGUCCUGGGUCCACUGUAAAUAAGCGCAUGUCAUGGUCAUGAUGCUUUCUCAGAAACCCUGUAGAACAAAGUCUCCUGCAAAGCCAAAAAGAAGUCAGUCCCUUUCAUGCAAUUGUAAUUCUUCCAUGACUUGAUUUACUUUACCAUGUUCUGUUAGUGAAUUUUGAUGACUCUCACCCCUUGUAUGAGAAGUACGUACUUUGAAAAUUUGAAUCUACCUAAGCAAGCCACCUAUGGACGUGGAGUUUUUGCAGAAGAGUUCUAAACUCAAAGCCCAGUCCACAGAUCUGGUUCUAAGCCUUCUUACUUGGGUUUCCCUGUACUUGUCCCAGACCACAGAGGUAGCCUUGCUUCUGAGGGCAGCCUGCAGGGUGAAGAUAUGAAGGUAGUGGGCAGUAAAUGCCCUGGAGAUUUUCUUGCUUCUGGUGUUUCAGAAUGCUUAGAUUUUUCAUAAGAACCCACAAAACCAGCAGAGGGUAAUGGAGAAAUAGGCCUAAAACUCCAUCCCCUUAUGUCUUCUCUGACUUACCACACCAUUUGGGUUUGUCCUGGUGCUAUGGCCUCUCACAAGGCACGGUUGUAAAAGAGAAUCUACAACUUUGGUGGACAGGUCCUCAACACUAGCAGUCAAGUGUGGACCCUGAGCUAUUUGGGGACAAAGGAUGAUACUGCCUGGUGAGAUGAUGCCGCCAUUGCCAGUGGGGGUGCCUAGUCUCAGGAUGUGUGGAAACUCUGUCCAGAGGGGAUUCUACAUGGUAUAGUCAACCUAACUGCAUGCCUAGCUUGGCAGAAUGGAGGUGGGCAAAUAGUGCUGGAAGGAUGAAGGUAGGCUUUGGGGGCAAAUCAAAUCACAAAGCAGAUGACUGAAGGUCCUGUACAAAGUUUAGACAAAGCUAAAUCUGGACAGUUCCUUAUCUCCUUUUGUAAGAAGGCUCUAGGGAAGUGUAGUUUGAAUGCUUCGAGAUUUUUAAGCUUUCAUUUAUUUUCCUUUUCUUUCUUUUUUUUUGGGGGGGGGGGGUUUGAAUAUUCUCUAAAGACAAUCAGAGGCCUGCUAGGGUGGGACUUCUGGCUGGUUCCAGCACUGUCCUUGGGCCUGUUUCUGAUACUAACUUGCUGGAACUGAUGCACUUUGUUUAUGCUAGCCUUUUUUUUUUUUUUUUUAAGCUGCUUGUUUC